UAAAGAUUGUGAUUUGUUUCUCAUUCAGCAGUCUUGUGCCUAACCUUCCUCACCCCACAAAUUAAUGGCGGAAAAACCUUCCUUACCCACAAUAGUGGCGGACGCUGCUCACAACACAUUUAUUGAACUAACCCUCUAUCUAUCUCUCUAUCUCUCUCUUUCUCUCUCUCACACUCAAACACACAUAUCACUCGAAUGACACUGUAAUGUGUACUGAUAGGCAGUAAGGCAGGUGGGUAGUUGGCUUGCAAUAUUGUAGCCUUUUUCAGCUCUUCCGAAUUAAAGACCCCUUUUGUACUCUGAAACCCCCUUUACCCCAAACAAUCUCUGAAGAAUUCACCGGCGAUGACGCCUCCCCGCAUACUCGCCGGAAUCUUCCUUCUCCUGGCGGUUUACUGCGCCGUCGACCCGUUUGACCACUCCGCGAUGUCCGAUUUCCCGAAUUUCGAAACGGUUAAGGUCGAAAUGCCGGCAUGGUCCGAGCUCCCGAUCGAGAAAGACCACGAGAACUUGCUUCAGAAAUCGGAAAUCAAGUUUUUGAACGAGUUGCAGGGGCCCGAGAGCAUGGCCUUCGACCCGAUGGGCCGCGGCCCGUAUACUGGGGUUGCUGAUGGGAGGAUUGUGUUCUGGGAUGGGCACAAGUGGAAUGAUUUUGCUUACACUUCAGCUAAUCGGUCGGGCCUCUGUGAUCCAAAACCUUCGAUCUUUGGCUACUUAAAGAAUGAACACAUAUGCGGGAGGCCAUUGGGUUUAAGAUUUGACAAAAAAACAGGCGAUUUGUACAUAGCAGAUGCUUAUCUUGGGCUGAUGAAGGUCGGGCCUGAAGGUGGUCUGGCAAAAUCAUUGGCCACCGAAGCUGAUGGAAUUCCUCUGAGAUUUACAAAUGAUUUAGAUAUCGAUGAAGAAGGAAAUGUUUAUUUUACUGAUAGCAGCACCAACUAUCAAAGAAGGAACUUUCUCCAAUUAGUUUUCACCGGGGAUGAUAGUGGAAGGGUGCUGAAAUACAAUCCAAACACAAAAGAAACCACUGUUCUUAUUCGAAAUGUUCAAUUUCCAAACGGGCUUUCCAUGAGUAAGGAUGGUUCGUUCUUUGUGUUCACUGAGGGUGCAAUUGGAAGGCUUCGAAAGUAUUGGUUAAAGGGCGAAAAGGCAGGUACCACUGAGGUUAUGGCCAUCCUCCCGGGACAUCCAGACAAUGUUCGGACGAACGAGAAGGGGGAGUUCUGGGUAGCAAUCCACUGCCGCCGGACCAUAUACUCCCACUUCCUAGGACUGUACACAAAGGUCCGAAAAUUCUGGCUCAAGCUCCCGAUUCCAGCUAAAUACCACUACCUCAUGCAGAUUGGAGGCCACAUGCAUGCAGCCGUUGUUAAGUACAGCUCGGAAGGUGAGAUUCUGCAGAUUUUGGAGGAUAGAAAAGGGAAAGUGGUUAGAGCAGUUAGCGAAGUUGAAGAAAGAGAAGGGAAGCUUUGGAUGGGGAGUGUUUUGAUGCAGUUUGUGGCAGUUUAUGAGUUGGAAUGAUACGGGAAAAGGGCUCGAGUAUUUUUAUCUUUAUCGCGCGUAAGUUUUAAGCUUAAGCCGAUGGGGGUAUUUGUUGUUACAUGAAG